AUGCCGUUCGGCUCCCUCUGGUCCCGGUGGACUAAGAACUCAGCGCUACACACGUACAUCUAUGCUCAGACGCUGAUUUCGUUGCCCUUUUCUGUUUUCAGCACUUACACCACUUACCAAUUGCAGACCGUCGGCUAUGUCAUCGGCACUGACCGCGAUGGCCUUCCCUGCAUGGCUGACUACUGUUUGGUCAACUGGGCCGGCACGAGGAUGGACCUCAACUCAGUCCUGCUCUACAUGCAGGCCUUUAGUACCGGCCUUUCGGGAUUAGUCACACUGUUCUUCGCCGCAUACUCUGACUACUGGUCCAAAAAGCACUUGCUUAUCACAAUUCUCUUCGUCUUAUACGGUGUCAUCACCAUCCCUGUUUACUGGCUACAGGCCUACACCGAGUACGACUUCAAGGUUCUGACCGCCUUGCCCAUCCUUUUCAACAUCGCCACCAACAUUCUAGUCGCCCUGCUCAACAUUUACAUUCCCCAUUGCAUGCGCCAGCAUGUGGUUGCCAACACCACUGCGACGAGCGAGGAAGUUCAAGGCGCGACAAAACGCACGUACGGCUUCAAGAUGGCUGCACUGGGAGCCGUGGCCAACUCUGCUGGGGCUUUGGUCAUGUACUGCAUCGUCAUUGCCAUUCAAGAGACCACAACCAAUGUGACAAGUCCUGGACUCCUCGUCACCACCAUAGUCGGUUUCAUCACCAUUCCCGCUGCUGCUGUCUGCUACUUCGGCCUCCCUAAGAUCCCUGCCAAGCCCAAGUCUGAGCUGAGAGGAGGGGUCGCAGGCCCUCUGAUUGAAUUUUUCGGACCGUUCAAAGAUAUGUACAAGCGUCGCAGCAUGACACUGCUCUUAGUUACCUACACCAUCUACAUCGACACCCAAUACGCAGUUGCCUCGGUCGUGGGCCAACUAUACUAUGCUGAAGUGAAGCCAGGAGUUCUCGAGUACACUCUGUAUUCUCUCAGUUCGACCAUCUGUGGCGUAUUGUGUAGCAUACUGUUCUUGUGGCUCAGGCCUAUCACGCCCAUACGUCUUGAAGUUUGGCUUUUGAUUGGAUAUGGCGUCCUUGCACUCACCGGAGUGUGGGGUUGCAUUGGUUUCGCGGAUGUUAAUUUUGGCUACAAGUCGCGGUGGGAGUUCUACGUGCAGCAAUUCCUCGUUUCUCUUUCCGGUAUCAUCGCUAUCACCAGCUUCCGCGUCUUGUUCUCGGAAAUGGUGCCACCGCGUAAUGAAGUGCGAUGGUUCAGUUUGCAGUAUAUCAUUUCUAGUGCAACCGUGUGGGUCAAUUAUGUCGCAAGUGCGCCGUUGCAAAACGCGACGAACAAUCUGCGAUAUCCGCUCGUACUCAGUACAAUAUUCGGAACAGUAGCGGUGGUACUGGAGCUUAUCCGGGAACUCCAUCCAUACUUCAAGCGAGAUAGAAAGAAGUGGACAGCACAUGACCUGACGGAAGCCGAAGCGGAGGCCCUGGUUCGCAGCAACGGCAGUGAUAAUGGGCGGAUUCCAGACAAAGGUGACUACCCAGUGUCUAGUACAACUGUAUCGCAUGUCAAGAUGUAA